AUGGCACCAAUAACGUCGUAUGUUAAGUUGGGCCCGCGAAUGGUGGUUCCUGUUAAAACUUAUGUGAAUCGCAAGGAGAUACAAAAGAACAUUAGCAAACUCUCCGUGCACCAGACCACUCUCAACCUCUCUAAAGUAAUGAGGAUUACCUUAUCAAAUAAAGACCUUCGACGACUAUACGAGGAUAUUAAACCCAUCCUCUUGCCUAUUUUACUUGAAUACACGGUGGAUCACAUAAGAUCCAUAUCCAAACCUGCCAGCGAUGGCAAAUAUCGCAUCCCGCUAACAACAGACGACUGGAAAUGUUAUUUGGAAAUCACAGUUGGAGAGAUCGAAGAGUUGCGUGAAUAUUUGCGAUACGAGUUUUUGGGGCACAAUUUGGGCCAAUCCUGGCUUCUAGUCAAAGACAUGGUGUUCAAAAGGGAAGAAACGCUUGGAACACUUCUGGGUGAGGAGGAAGAUAGCAAAUCUUUAAAAGUCAAAUACCGAAACCCUCAGAUCAUUCCUAUUCCACUUAGCAUCUACGUACACGCAACUACGAAAUGA